AUGGUAUAUUUUACCUUCGAUGGUUGGACUUCUCGACAAAACACAUCAUUCCUUGGCAUCAACGCCCACUUUAUCGACCGAGAUUGGAAGCAAUGGAGAAUACUUUUGGCAUUGCCGGCCCUCAGGAAGCGCCAUACCGGAGCCGCGCUUACAGAUGAAGUUGCAGAUACGAUCGGCGCAUUUGGUCUUCAAGACAGGAUCGGGUACUACACGCUUGACAACGCUACGAAUAAUGACACGGCUAUGGAAGCACUUGGUGCAGAGUUCAAUUUUGACCAGCAUGAACGUCGCAUUCGAUGCGCCCCUCAUUUUCUGAAUCGAACGGACUUUAUGACUGAAGAAGAAGAGCAUCGACAGUUGUCCGACGCCAUCAAUGAGCUGGCGAUGGACGACGACUUCAGCGAGCCGGGCAUGGAUGAUGCCUUCGAGACUGAAACCGUCUCCGAUGAGGAUCAGGAUCAUUACCCAGUUCCUGCGACCAUCAACGCAGAGGAAGUGGACAAGUACCGCAAGUUUGGGCCAUUUGGAAAGCUGCAUAAUAUUGGCAUCGCCCUUCGAACAAGCAGUCAACUUCUCGAGGACUUCUACGAAGCUCAACGACAGACCACUCCUGAUGAGCCUAUUCCUACGUGGGUUCAACAUGUCUGGUUGAACAGGAUGCUUUCCAUCGUCGAGGAAAGAUGGAUUAGUCAAGGCGGAAAAGAACAGGAUAAACCCGCAAUAUUGAAAGAAAAGCUUUCACUUGAAGAAUGGAAAGUUGUCGCUGCGGUUCAAAAAAUCCUUCAACCAUGCAAAGUCGCAUCAAGGCAACUGCAGGGCGAGGGUAUCGCUGGUAAACGCUCAACCUCAGGUGGAUUCAACGAGUACUUCCAAGUGGUGGAGAUGCUCCUCGACCACCUCGAACUGGCCGUCCAAGGAGUAAUAAUUGAAGAGAAUGACGACCAGAUCAUGGAAGACGUUCAACUGUUCGACGACAUGGAUGCAAAGACGCGGAGGCUUUUGAAGGUUUACAUCAAGCUCGGAUGGAAGAAACUCGACGACUACUGUGGGAAGCUAUUCUCUAAGGCCUAUGUAGCGGCAGUUGUAUUCCAUCCGUGCAAGAAAUGGCGAGCUCUAGAUCAGCUUUGGAACCAACUCCCAUCUCGUCAGACCUCGGAAUGGAAGAGGACUUAUAAGAAGAGUUUAGCGACCAUCUGGGAAGAGAAGUACAAGAGCAAAGCUCCUGAUGCGGCUUCUAGUUUCGUUUCAGGGGCAGGGGCUGCUAGUGCCUUGGACUAUAUCGAACGUCGGCUCGCCUUUAGUAGGUCAUUGGCCAGUUCUGACUCUCGGGGGCGACAGAGCAAACGGCAACAACAGUCAGCGGCGAUGCCCCUACAGGAUGAGCUUGACCAGUAUCUAUCCGAGCCACCGGCUGACAACAUCGCAUACAAAGCUGAUCCAAUUGGUUGGUGGAGGGGCGUUGGUGCUGCUCGCUUUCCUCGGCUCUCUUAUAUGGCUGUUGACUUUCUUACCAUUGCAUCGUCAUCUUCAGAAACGGAGAGAGACUUCGGCAGUUGUGGGAGGAUGACAACCCCACUCAGAUCUCGCCUACGGCGACAUAUUGUGCUAUGGCCCAGUGCCUCCGUUCCUGGAGCAAGGCUGGCAUAUAUCAGCCGACGCUUCUUCCUCUCAGUCUACUUGAAGGGGAGAAUUGGAGGCAAGUCCUUCAAGUGA